UCUCGUAAGACAGUAACGUUUCAUCCGAGUUGGAUAUAAGAUACAUCGAGAAUGCGGGACCGGACCAAAGAGCUGGGCAAUGUUGCUGAUGCGUCAGAUGAAGAUGAAGAAAACAGAGCUCUCAUGAUAAAGCCUGGAUCUGGGAGCUCAGCAAAUGAAGAGAAAGAAAAUGAAGCUGUCUUUAAAAAGGUUCAGGAGAUUCAAGAGGGACUUGAAACUAUUAAAAGGAAGGUGUCUGAACUGGAGAACAAACAGAAAACAGUGUUAGGAGUUGCACUUCCAGAAGAAAGUAUGAAAAAGGAACUGCAGUCCCUCAGAGAAGACAUCAAAGUCAUGGCCUGCCAGAUCCAAAAGAAGUUAAAAAGCAUUGAACCUAAGAAAGCUGAAGGUGAAGAGAAAUAUAUUUCAAUAAAUGUAAGAAUGCGGAGAAUCCAGCAUGGUGUUUUGUCCCGUGAAUUUCUGGAAGUGAUGGGUCACUGUAAUACAAUUCAAGCCCAAUACAGAGACAGAAAUGUGGAGAGGAUACACAGACAACUCAAAAUCACUGGUAACAAUGUGACAGAUGAGGAGCUGGAAUCAAUGCUUGAGAGUGGACAGACAGAUGUUUUCACGCAAAAUAUUUUGAACGAUGCUAAAGCUACCAGACAGGCUCUGAACGAGAUCGAGUCACGGCAUGAUGAGAUCAUCAAGCUAGAGAAAAGCAUUAAAGAGCUACAUGACAUGUUUCAGUACCUUGCAAUGGAGGUUGAAGCACAGGGUGAAAUGGUGGACAGGAUUGAGGGGAACAUUAAGAGUUCCCAUAACUAUGUGGAAAAGGCUGUUGCUGACACAGCUGCUGCGGUAGUAACUUCAAAAAAAGUCCGCAAAGUGAAAAAAAUUAUGGAUUGCAUUAUGUCUUGCUAUUUUGCUUGUAAUAAUAGCCAUUAUUGUGGCUGUCAGUUUCAUUUGAGUUUUCCUUUUUAUUAGAUUUUUUUUUUUUUUGCCCAUGAAGCACUGGGUUUUGUCUUCUUAAACUGUUUGCCUGAAGUCCCUUUGGCAAGCUACAUCUUUGGUAGCUACAUGUGCUUACAUUUUAAAUCUGUUGUUUUAGUUGCUUUGUCCUACAAAGGACAUGAUUUAGAUUUCCUGAAAAUGUAUCUGCUGCACCACUUUAAAAAGUUACAUGGUAAAAACGGUUUGAAUUAACUGAUUACUUUGACUGUAUAUUCUAGAUGGUGUACUUCAUUUGCAAAAACAUGGUCAUAUAGGGUAGAUGAAGAAAAAUGCGAUUCCUAAUAUAUAAUGCUUCCAUUUGGAGACAAGCUCAAGAACUCUUGAGUGAUGGGCCGUUUGUCUUUGCCGUAAUAUGAUUAGAAGAUGUCUUUUGUGUUAUCUGUUGUGAUUUUAUCUUUUUGUAAUGCCAUUUCAAACUUGAAAUUUGCUAAAAUAGCAUUCGAGGUCAUUUGUGUAUAUAUAAAAACUAAUUUUGUACUCUGCUUUGCAUUAUAGUAACUACCUUUCAAAAUACAACUUCUCUUGUUCUCACAAUGACAUGUUGCAUACUUAUGUAUAUUUGAACUCAUCUGUGCUCUGUCCCAGUUAAGACAUGCACUUUUAAGAAAUGAUUAUGUACAGUUACUUUUUUAGUCCCUCAACCGUGGUGCCUUGAGCAGUAACUUGGUUGCCCACUGUGUGGCACUAUAAAUGUCAAGAUCACAAAGAGUGCAGUUUAUCUGGUUUCAGUUUGCAGCCUGUACUGCCACACAUUUCAUUCUGGUGUAAAAU